UGCUGUUAGGUGAAAGCGAGAAAGCCGCGGUGAUGCCAAUGGUGACGGAGGCGGAGAAGUACGGGAGGCGUCGUUGGCCCCACUGCAACGAGGCUCGGCGGUGGCGCCUCUCAUGAGGAUCCCCGCCUCUGUCUCCAUGACCGGGCGCUCGCGGGGCUGAGACUGGUCGUGGUUCCUGCCCUCACCGCCAGGUGCGGCCCAGACUGUGAUGGUGGCUAAGAUGAUGGACCCUGGGCAGAUCUCUUCGGUUUCUGAACUGUAACAGGGGAGAAAAACUCCGAUGCUCAACUAAGAGGGUAUGACUGUAGCCACAGCACGAGGGGCUUGGACCAGCCUUGGUUGUUGGCGUGGGGUGGAGAAUGAAGAGGCACCUUCUGAACAGAGCAUAUCUGAGGUGUCACAUGCUAAUACUUCUAAGGCAGGUUCAUCCACCCAGACACCUCACUUUUGUGACAUAUGUGGCCCCAACUUGAAAGAUACUUUGCACCUAGAUGAACACCAUGGAACACACCACGGACUGAAACCUCACACAUGUAGGGCAUGUGGGAGACAACUCUGGUUCAGUGCAAACAUGCAUCAGCAACAUUACAGUGUGGAGAAACCCUUAAGAAGGGAUGAUGGUGAGGCCUCAUUUGUGAAGAACUGCACAGUUUGUGAAGAACCUCACCUUUCAGAGAAGCCCUUUAUGUGUGAAAAGGCCCAAAAGAACUUCACGGCUAGUUUGGGUGAUCACCAGCAAAAGGCCUCUCAUUGCAAGAGGAAGACAUCUAGGAGCACUGAGAAUGGGGAGGAUUUUCACAUUGGACAAAUGCAUUACAAGUGCAGUGAGUGUGGAAAAGUGUUCAGCCGCAAAGACACACUUGUCCAACACCAGAGAAUCCAUAGUGGAGAAAAGCCUUAUGAGUGUAAUCAAUGUGGGAAAGCUUUCAGCCGCAAAGCCACACUUGUCCAACACCAGAGAAUCCAUACUGGAGAAAGACCUUAUGAAUGCAGUGAAUGUGGAAAAACCUUCAGUCGAAAAGAUAACCUUACUCAGCACAAGAGAGUUCACACUGGAGAAAUGCCUUAUAAGUGCAGUGAGUGUGGGAAAUACUUCAGCCAUCACUCCAACCUAAUUGUACACCAGAGAGUUCACAAUGGAGCAAGGCCUUAUAAGUGCAAUGAUUGUGGGAAAGUCUUUAGACACAAAUCCACACUUGUUCAGCAUGAGAGCAUUCACACUGGAGAAAAUCCUUAUGAUUGCAGUGAUUGUGGGAAAUCUUUUGGCCACAAAUACACGCUUAUUAAACACCAGAGAAUUCACACUGAAACAAAGCCUUUUGAGUGUACUGAGUGUGGGAAAUUCUUUAGUCGAAGUUCUGACUUUAUUGCACACCAGAGGGUUCACACUGGUGAAAGGCCUUUUGUGUGCAGCAAAUGUGGGAAAGACUUCAUAAGAACCUCCCACCUUGUUCGGCACCAAAGAGUUCACACUGGAGAAAGGCCGUAUGAGUGCAGUAAAUGUGGGAAAGCCUACAGCUUAAGCUCCCACCUCAAUCGACACCAGAAAGUUCACACUGCUGGCAGGCUUUAGGAAUGCUUUCAGUACAAGAUUCAUCAGUCAGAAGUUGAACCUCAGACAUCUGAACAUUGACAGGAGGGAAAUACCUUAUGAGUGCUAGGUACAUCAGAAGCUUCCAGAGAAUGUGUUGCACUUUCUGACCUGCUCAGGUUUCUUGCCAGAGUUAUGUCACUGUCAAUGUUUAUGGGUGAAACCGUCUUAACUCUUAGCAGUUUGGUCACCCUAAUAUCUUUAUAGAAGGCAGGACUUUGUACUCUCUCCAGUUCCUUAGAGAGAAUCAUUAGACAUUUGAGUUUACUGUGAGUCUUCAUGCCCACCUCUGUUUGGUGUAAUUGUGGACAUGACCCAUCUUGAGCCAAGAGGACUUGAGCUAUAUUGUGCUAGUAGCUUACAGAGGUUUACUUUCUUCAUGGACUUUACUGGCUGUAAUACUUGGGAUGGAUUUUUCCAGUCUCCAUGUUACCUGGCCUGAGAAAAUACUUGCCUCUUACUGCUUUGUUUGUGAUAAUAAAGGCCUUAUAGUUUAAGCUACUUUUAAUCUUGGGGGUUCU